AUGGCGCCGAUCCCAAUUACCAUCAUCACCGGGUUUUUGGGUUCGGGGAAGACCACCCUGAUCCUGAACCUGAUCCCGCAAUUGCGCGAGACAAAUCCGGACUACAAGCUCGCGCUCCUCAAGAAUGAGUUUGGCGACUUGGCAGUAGACUCACAACUCGCCUCGUCGAGCGCCAUCUCGGGCGUGCAGGAGAUGCUCAAUGGCUGCAUCUGCUGCAAUCUCGUGGGCCAGCUUGGUGAGGCGUUGCACGAGCUGCAGGCGUCGGUGAAGCCGGACCGCAUCGUGGUCGAGACCUCUGGCUCCGCAUUCCCAGCCACCCUGGCACUGGAGGUCAACCGGCUGGCACGCAAGACGGGAGAUUACAUUCUUGACGGCGUCGUCAGCGUCAUCGACGUGGAGAACUGGCAGGGGUACGAGGACACCAGCUACACGGCCCGCCUGCAGGCCCGGUACACUGAUCUCAUCGUCUUCAACAAGUGGGAGAGCUGCGAUGAGCGCCGGUUUGACGAGUGUCUGGACCGUGUAGGCGACCUCGAGGUCGAUACGGCCUGGGUCAAGAGCCGCAAAGGCUGGGUGUCUAUGGACUUGGUCUUUGGCAUCGACGGCGGGCUUGCACAAGAUCUGACAGACGAGCACCAUGAUCACGGCCACGGCCAUGAUGCAGAACAUAAGCACGAUCACCAGUCUGAAGUGGAAGUCCUCUCUGUGACCCUACAAGGACCCAAAAAAUCAGCCCUUAAUUCGGAGAAGCUCUUGUCUCUCCUCAAGGCUGCCUCCAAGGAGGAGGUCUACCGGAUAAAAGCCGUUUUGACGGCCUCAUCAACGGUCAGGAACUCCGAUGAAGAUGUGGAUAUCCCAACUCCUCCCCACCCCCAGGCAAGAUACAUCCUCAAUUGGGCCUUCGGGCGAUGGACCUUCACCCCCGUCGCCGAGGGAGCACAGGAGCACGAAUCGAGCGACCAGGUUCCACUGCGCCUGACCAUGAUCCUGGCGAGAUACGAGAGCACCAAGUGGAAGAAGAGACUAGAGAGCAACGGCUACCUGGAACUAGACGGCGACGACAAAGGCCAACUCACCGUUACGAAAAUAGCAUGA